AUGACAGGCGGUUUCCAGGGCAACCCUGGGUACCGGCCGGCGUCUGAAAGAAGAUGGGAGAGGUGCUGGAUUGCGGACAAUAGGUCUAGUGUUGAAGUUCAUGAAACAGGAAAGAAUCAUAAGGAAAAUGUGGCAAAGAGGAUCAGUGAGAUUAAACCGAAAAGGCUGGAUAGGGCAAAGGAAGAAGAGAAGGCAUCAAAGGAGUUUGCUGCAAUGGAGGCAGCUGCCCUGAAAGAAUACCAAGAGGAUUUGAAAAGCCUUGGCUUAGAGUCAGAAACUUCAGAGCCAAGCAUAUCACCAGUAACCAGCACUAUCCCAUCCGCCUCUGCAUCAAAUCAGCAAAAAAAAAAGAAAAAAAAAGACCCUUCAAAGGGCAGAUUGGUAGAAGGCAUAACCUCUGAGGGUUACCAUUACCAUUAUGAUCUUAUCACAGGAGAAUCUCAGUGGGAGAAACCUGAAGGAUUUCAAGGAAAUUUUAAAAAGACGGCAGUGAAGACUGUUUGGGUAGAAGGUUUAAGUGAAGAUGGUUAUACCUAUUAUUAUAAUUCAGAAACAGGGGAAUCCGGAUGGGGAAAACCUGAUGAUUUCAUUCCACACUGUGGCGAUCUGCUUUCUAGUAAAGUCAAUGAAAAGUCACUUGGUACCCAAGAAGAGUCCAAAUCAUCAGAUUCACGUUGUGAUUCUGAUGUGGAACACCAAGCAGAAAAAGGGGGGGGGGACAGUGGGACUUCCCUGGUGGCCCUGGGCGACUGGACGCAGCACCUAGCCCGCCAUCGGGGGCGGGGCCCACGCUGCCUCCUCCAAUCCCGGCCGUCGCCCGGCAACCUCCGCCUCCGCCGACAAGAUGGAGGCUGGCUUCGGCAGCCGCCGGGAAGCGGCACCUGA